UCGCAGUGAACUUGACAUUGAACAUUGAACAUUGAACUCGGCAGAAUUGACUAGUGCAACAAACCGUAAUUAUGAUCUCAACCACCACACACACCGCGGCCAUGACGCUCAAGGCUGUCGACGAUGGUGCCAUGAAGAUUGAUGGCUCACCGACAUCGUAUGGCGACUGGAGAGAUGAUCUGGCCCGAGAUGGCUACGCCGUCGUGAAGGGUGCCAUUCCAAGAGAGAAGGCUGAUGACUACGCGAACCGAAUGUACAGUUGGCUCGAAGGCUUCAACUUGGGAUUCGACCGUAAUGAUCUUUCCACAGUCCACAGGGACAGACUGCCGGCCAUCAAUGAAAAGGGCAUGUGUCUCAACUAUGCUGUCACUCACGAAGACUUUGCGUGGGGUGUGCGAGGCGAGCCUGGUGUCGUGGGCGCAUUCGAGAAGAUAUACAACGACAAGGAUCUCAUCGUAUCAUUUGAUGCUAUUAACUUCGGGUUUCCCAAUCGAACUGACAUCGCUCCGAACAAGCCCUGGCCCCACCAGGACCAAGACCCGGCUAAGCCAGGUUUCAGGUGUAUGCAAGGUCUCGUGAACUUGCUACCCAACGGUCCUGAUGAUGGUGGACUUAUCGUGUGCCCCGGCGGUCACCUCCUAUCUGACGAGUUCCACAAAGACAUGGCCGAUGAGCCACGUAUCCCAGCAUGGACUCCGGAGUGGUUUGGAUUCACUGAGAGCGGAAUGGAGUGGCUCGAAAAGAAGGGCUUGAAGUGGGUGAAGGUGUGCGCAGAGCCUGGUGAUCUACUGCUAUGGGACUCCCGUACACCACAUUACAACCUCAGCCCAAAGACAAAUCAACCACGCUUUGCCGUGUACACAUGCUACAUGCCUGUAGCACAUGCCACCCAAGACGAUCUUGUUCGAAAGAAGGAUGCGUACGAGCGCUGGGUGGGCACUACCCACUGGCCCAACGCGAGGCACACUGGCUCAAAUGUAGCAAAGCGGGAUGGUGAGGACGAUCCGCACAAUCGUCAUGAGCCCGUGAACAAGCCGGUGAUGGACGAGCGCACAUUCAAGCUCACUGGAAUACCAUAUAUCAAGGCUUAGUUUUAGUUUUAAUGGAGUUUGGAGGUACA